AUGAGAGUCGCCCUGCUGUUGAUCGGCGCACUGGUGCGCCCGCUCGGGGGGCUAUGGCCUUUCGCAGUGGGUAGCGAAAACCAAACGUGCGACAAAGAAGGAGCAGGUUCGUGCCCUACAGAAGGGCACGAGCCUUUCAGUACCCGUGGCUCGGAACCGAGCCCGGGAGCAUCGUACUGGUGGUUCGAUUGGUCCUGGGAAGGUUCCACCGAACCAAAAGCCAGCACGCCCCAAGCUGAAGAUGCCCAUUCUCGACGCUGGUACUUCCGGAUUUUGGCCGGGGUACUGUGGGAGAUAUGGGAAGGGGGGCUGACCUGGUGCGGCACCUUGUGUGCCUCCAUUGGGCUCGCUGCAAGGUGGACCUAUUGGCUGGCCACCACCACCAUCCUGCUGGGUAUGUUACAACUUACCUAUUGGACCUAUGCGUGGGUCGUCAGGCCCAUCAUCGUCGUCAUUGGGGCGCUGCUCCACGUACUGUGGGGCACCGGGCGCGCAUGUGGGCGUUGGAUCGCCUCCUGGUGCUGUUGCGGCGGAGCGAAGCACUCGAGGCGCGCUCCGCGCCCAGGUGAGGAAGAAGGGCGCACCCCUCGCCACGAUUUGUCAGAGACCGAAUCGGAGGAAGAAGACAACCCGUGCCAGGCAGAUGCGAUUGCCUGGAAAGAGGGCACGCAGACGAAAAGGCUCAGCAAAGAGCGCUGCAAAGACGCCGCGUGCUCGUGGGUCAAGCUUCUCAACGAUGACGGCAUGCAAAGUAGUAGUGGGGAACUACAUUGGGAUGGACUGCAAGCUAGCUGCCAGUUAUGCGCCCGCCACCAAGAGAGCUACGCUCUUUCGAAAACCCGAAGAGCUUGCUCGGUCGAGGGCUGUGGGAAGGUCGCCCAGACCGUAAAGGGAGGGGUCAAACUUUGCAGACUGCACGCCAGCAAGGAAGAACGAGGCCCAACCCCCAAGCCGGGAAACUUCGCUUCUCGGUCACGUGGCCCUCAGGAAGCCAGAAAGAGGUCAAUCAGCCGUGGCGCGGAGCGCGCCCGGCCGCAUUCACAAGAUGCCACACCCAAGCGCGGAACGCAGACGGAGGCAGCAGAACUCCGAGGGAUUUCCUCUCCCCCGCGUUUGGACGGGGCCACCUCAGUUGCCCCCUUUCCUGGAGUUGAUGCUGCGGUCGAAGAUCAGGUACUCACAGGGUUGACCUGGGAGGAGAUCGCGGGGAUACCAGAUGAAGAUCUUCGAAAAAGGGCUAUAUUUCUCAAGCAAAGGGGCGCGAUGCCCGGCCCGACUUCAGGUGGACCGGACAGGAGCACCUCCAGAACCGAGGCACCAGACGACAGCCAGGCCUGUUCGCGUAUAUGGAAGCGAGGCUCCAAGGGAAGGGGCACGACUCAGCAGUCGAGGUGUCAGCGGUGGACGGCCGGACCCCGUCAGAGAGACAAAGACGUCUCCGAGAACUGGCACGGAGGCAUUGCUUGCGACUCACCAGUGAACUACCGGCCGAGGCCUCGCCAGACGGGAGGAGGUUCCUACCCGUGGUCCGCUUCGGACGCAGGACAAGUCCGUGGGCUGCUCCAGCCCCGGAUCGUCCGUGGGCUGCCCCAGCCCCGGAUCACCGACCAAUUCAGGCCAAACCCCGGGGCAGGGGGAGCUGGGGGUAGAACUGACGCGGUAGACGCGCUGGCCCAGGCCACCAGGGCUUUCCGGGCAGGAGCCUUCACGGAUGCAGAGGCACCCGCGGCAGACGAGACGACUAAAGCCCUCCAGGCGAUAGCCAAAAGCCUGACCUCGAAGGAAGACGCCCUCGCACAGGAGCGAGGUAAACUGGCAUCGAUUGGGCGCAUCGAGGAAAGGCUAGUUUUCCUGCUCCGGGGCUGCGACUCCCUGAGCGUCACUCUCUGCCCCGGCGUGGUAGGAAAGGAACUCUUUCAUGCCCUUCGCAUCGCCGGGACGCAAGCGAGACCUCAGUUGAGGAAGAUCGAGUUCCCUUGCAACAUUCAAAACCGGCACAGCUACGGAUUUGCGGCCCUGCAACUGGGAGGGAAAACGCUCAACACUCUGCCGGAGUACUGCCUCUCGGCCGGAGAUUUUCCACUCACCUCGGAGGAAGAUUUCGACAACUACGGGGGCUCACCCGACCUCAAACUUGAACGUAAGGGCCGGUACCCUAACACGUUGACCUCAUGGUUCAGAGCCGCCCUCCGCCAGUCUUGGGCCUUCGCCUGUCUCUUUGGCGAAGAAUAUUACCCCGUGCUCGAAAAGGCAGCUUCACAUCUGCUUCGCUUAGGGGAACAACAUGGCUACGCCUGGUCGGCGUCAGCAGUCUACGGUGCAUGGGAAGAACUUUGGGCCCGUUUCUGCGAAGAAGCACGGGAGUUGGAUCGCCGCAUCCGCAGAGCCAUGCAGGACACGGGCAACCCUGGCUCCAACUGCCGGGUACCUUUCGCCUUGACGACGAUACCCAAUACAUUCUGCACCGAUAUGUUGCCGCGAAUGCAGCGCCAACUCUCCCGCGCGUGUUGGGCCGGCGCACAGAAGAAGGGCAACACCGGUGGUCGGGCUGCCGGAGAAGGGGAUGCCACCGAGGCUCGAACCGAGCCCGGUGAAGCGGCCCGGUCCCUGGACCACCGGCCGAAAGACCAACAGGGCCAAUACCUCUGCUGGGACUUCCUGACACAUCGCGGGUGUAACAAGGGUAACGGCUGCCCCCACUCACGCAAGGCCGCUCCCAAGUGGACGACACUGGAUUACACGGUCCAGCUCCAGUUGCUGCGCCGAGGGGGCCUUAAGGGCUCUAAGGCCAAAACGGGGGACGAAGUCGACCGUGAGUUUACCCGGGUUCGGGCGGAGCAAGCUGCGAAAGCCGCCGCUGCUAAGCAGGAAGGUAUCGCUGCCGCCAAGGCCAAAGUUUCGGCCACCCAGAGGACCAAUCCAGCUGCGGGCACGGGCAACGCUGACCGCGCCUCUCGGGCGGGGGAACGAGUACCCGAACAGACAGGACAUGUGGUGGCAGAUUUGGACAAUGUCCUGCCCACCGACCGUGAAGAAACCCUUGGCGCGCUUCUCAAAGACGAAGGCAACAACUGGUGGCACGACGUUGACGCUGCCGCCGCUACUCUUACCUGCCCUAGUUCAAAGUUUGAGAAGUCAGCGCGAGCGGACGCUAUGCGAGUCGUUGACGCUGCGGAGCCCGCCCUGGGGCCUUAUCCCCCUGGAUUGGUGGGCGUCUACCUGCGCAAUCGCCUUCUACGCCUCCGCGAGGAAACGGGCCGUGCCCCUGAGCUAGAGGAUGUUACGCACCUGUUGGAGGAAGCCGAGCGCGGCGUUCACCGCAAGGCCGGCGAGUCCCCACUGGUGCAGCUUUCGGGCCUUACAUGGAAUUCCUCCAUCGGGGCCGGAACGCUCACCUGGAAGGGCGUCGGUCACUGGGCCAUGUACGACUAUCAGGACCAGCUUCCCCUCUCCCCGGAGGCCUGCGAACGGAUGGGAUUUGCCGACGUCCGCGACGAGCCUAAGCAGUGCUUGUUGCUGCACGUUGCCGCCGCAUAUCUCGCAACGCCGGACCAGCCCCUCCCAACGCCCGAGGCGGUUUGGGCUCUCGCCGCUGAGUGGAGAGUCCGGUGGUGCUCGCAGGCACGAGUCGCCGAGGACUCUUUGGGGCCAACGCCCGAACGGCACGACCGAGACUACCGUACUUUGGUUGCCCACCCUUUGGAGGAGUGGGAUUGCCUGGGCUUGGCCGUCCUGCGCCUCGACGCAUAUAUGCGGCCUAGCGUGGAAGUUGUCUGUGGCAGCCGUUACAGCGGCAAAGCUGAGGACACCCGGUGGGUGCUGGUGCACCGCGGCCACAUGCGCUUGCUGGUUCCAGACGAGUCCUGCUUGCCGUCCUUGGGGAGCCGCGAGCUCGAGGCCGCUGGCUGGGAGGCGUACCUUGAGGAAGCUGAGGGCUCUCCGCUUCUCGACGCGGGGCGUCUCCUGCAGUGCCAGGUCUGCCACCCCAAGCGGGCGCCCGGUUCGUUUCGGACGGGGCGUGAGGCCGGGGCGUUUGGGUUACAAGUUCCGACCACGUCCGUCGACUGGCCGCUGCUCUCCUGUCUGCCCCCCGCGGGUCAGCCCCUCCCGCUGCUGGUGUUGGGGCCUUCCACGGCGCACGCCGCCUCCGCUUGUGCCUGGGGACCUUUGCCCGACGCCGCUGCCGCCGCCGCAGCUCUGGCGUACAUUACUGAAGGAGGCGUUUCUUGCCUCUGGCUGCUCCCCGCCGCGCUGCCGCCGGGUCCGCCCGCCGACGAGUGGUCUUCCGUUUUGCGGUUGGCCGCCGCGCAGUUGCAAACAGGCGGGCGUUGCGUGCUCGAGGCUCCCCUCUACCGGCGGGCUUGGACCGACAAGGCCACGCGGAUCCAACUGGCCGACCUCUCCGAGGGAACAGGUGACUCCGUCAGGUGCGGAAAGCUGUUUGCUGACUCUGGCCCGCUCUUGGGGCCUCCGCCGUCCUGGCUGCCCAAGAGUCUUUCCAAAGAAGCAGAGGAGGCGGCUGAGGCCUACCUGCGGAAGGUGCACCAGGAAAGGGUAAAGGCCGAGUACCGUGGCACGCAGCGUGACGCUACGCGAGGACGAGUGCUCUUGAUGAGCCCCGGCCCCGAUGAAGAAGACCUGUUAGAUGGGGUGGACGACCAUUUUCCAGCCAUCCAACCCAGAUACGCUGAGGUAGUAAGGCUGGUGAUGUGGUACAAGAGCCGGUACCCCGGCGUCCGCGUCUUAUUGGCAAAGAAAGACGUCUCAGAAGCCUUUAAGUGGCUUUGGGUCGAGCAGGACGACUGCAGGCUUUUCGGGGCGGAUCUUCCCACUGAAGGGGCUACCCGGGACAGCCGUGGCGACGCUUCGCGCCCGGUUACGGUUUUGUACCUCGCAAUGACGUUUGGAUGGACGGGGGCCCCAGGAGAGUUCAUGGCUUUCGCAUGGGCGAUCAAGUUGCUACACAGAGCAUGCGGGCCCGACCGGCCCGAGUGGCACGACUCGUCCUCCUUCCGGUCGCUCGCUUUAAUGGACGACUCGGUUGUGAUCGAGCCCGACUUGGGCCUACGCCCUCAGCUGUCGGUCGACGCUCUGGAAGAAGCGAUCCGACAGACUCUGGGGCCACUCGCCAUCAACGCAGCCAAAGACGUCGAGGAGGGUACCCUCACCACGAGAAAAUUGAUUUGGGGCCUAGAGUUCGAUACAGAAGCUGGAACCUGUCGGCUCCCACCUCUCAAGGUCGAACGAGCCUACCACGUCCUCCAGUCCCCGUACUUCGACGCCGGCCAGACCAAGGUACCGCUCAAAGAAGUCCAGGUGUUGCGGGGCUCUCAACAGUUCUGGCUAGGGGUCCUCCCGCAACUCGCCCCUUACCUCCAGAGCACUAAUGCGCUUUUGGGACCCGCUGACCGAGAAGGCCACGUCGUCCUACGCGGGAAUGAGGCGGAACAGUCCGCACAGUGGGAAGCAUUCUGGAGCGCCAUCGAGCUGCAAAGGCUGCUGGUCGGUUCGCGGCAAUUUUGGGAGGCGCGCUUCGUCUCACAGCUCGAGCACGCCCUCACCACGCCUGAACUCUUGGCCCUACCAGAGGUCAAGCGCAACCUGGUCUGGGUGUCAGCUGACGCCACGCCCACCCGGCUGGGAGCGAUCGACUGGACCGCAAGGGUCGCAGUAGCUUGCGCCGCAGCUCCCCUCUUAUCGCCCCUUGAGGCCAAUGCCCAGGAUUCCACCGACCUCGAGGCUCGUACCGAGCCCGAGGAGGACUUGGUGCAAAUAGGCGUCGCGGAAUUGCUGGCCUUGCUCGUGUUAGUAGUCGCCAGAAAGGAAGCCUGGGCAGGCAGCGUGGUUCUGUACUUGGGAGACAACACCAAUGUGCAAGAUUGGUUGCGCAAGCGACAAGCCGGGAAUGCGCAAGCCAACCACCUCCUGAAAGUCUUGGGAGCGUUAGAGGGGGUCCAUGGCCUACAAGUAAGGGGGGCAUACCUUCGCACUUAUCACAACCAAACCGCCGACGACCUGACCCGGCUUGACCCCGACAAAGUCAUGGAGCAACAGAGGCUGACUCGCCUCAGUGUUCCAGACGAUUGGGGCCGAGUGCUGGAAGAAGCUUGGCACCGCAGAGCCCUCUUGUGGGUGGGCCAACCAGACUCCGAUCGGCAGAUGGCCCUGCAGCUCGCCGCACGGAGGAUUGGACCGGCCCCUCCACGGGCCAUGCCGGCGUUCGGUUGGAAGGUGCACGAGCUCGGUGCUUCGGAGCACGGCGUGUACACCCGGGCUUUCUUUGCCGCUGGAGGCUUGAAGCACGACCCCCAAGACUCUUUAGCCACUUUGGAAGGGGCACCCACCGUGGAGCGUUCCGCUCCCGGUGAGGAGGAAACCCCGACGCAGGAAGAACGUCUGCUUUGCGUCGCCACCGUGACUGGCGAAGCGGAGGCGCGACGGGUCGUGUCUGGCGUGCUCGCGCAGGCCGCGAGCAUUUGGAUAGACUCUUUUCGCCCACUCGCGGUCGAAGCGAUUUGCACAGAAGAUGCCCAGAACCGCUGGGAGUGGUGGACGGAGGAGUUCACCGGCCGCACCUUUAAAGAACAGGUGUGGUGGCACCGCUGGGUGCUAGUCGGUGUAAACCCCGGCGCAGGCAAGGCAGGAGCUUGUGAGCUCCCGUGGGAAGACGACGCAGAGGCCCUGGUACGCCUGUGGCUUGGAGGAAAACUCGAGGGGCGCAGGGACCAGGAGAAGCUGGAGCGUCUCCGUGGCUCGUUCCGAGCCCGGAGUGACGCUGAUCGGCGAAGGCUGGUCAAGAUCCUCAGACACGAGGCUGCCCUCCUGGGUCUUCCGAUCCGCGAAGACGGAUGGGUCUCGUUGAAGGACCUCAACGAGUGCGUCGGAACCAUAUCCGGCGAAGAUGCCGCCCGAAUCAUUGGGCGAGACGAGAAAGAUAGGCUAAUUCUUUCUCAAGAGGGUGAAGAAGUGUGGGUGGCGGCCGUGUUCUUCAAGGGGGUUUUCCAAGCUACGAUAUCCCUGAGCCCGACUUGGAAUUUCCCCGACACGGUGCUGAAGAAGGGUCUGCUUCAGAUCUUGAAGAUGGAGGAGCAGGAGGAAGAUGCCGAUGAGAACGAUGAUGAGCAGGAUGCAAACAACGAUGGUGAGCAGGAUGAUGGAAGCGAGGAAGCGGCCCAAGCUGCCAUCGCCAACGACUGGUUCCUCAGCGCUUUGGGCGGGAUGCUGGAUGGCGAGGAUCCCACCGGGAGCACAUCCUUCAGUUUCUCGCCCUUGCUUUAA